CAGCAUUCUAUCCCUAGUCCCCUCCCUCUCAGUAGCAUUCCUAACGCCUGCAUUACAUUUCUAACACAUGAGGAAUUUGCAGCCUUCUUUCAGGAUCCCUGCAGUAUAUUGACAAGGCAAGUAAAGGAAGAUAAAAUGAAGUGGAAACAAGUCCUGCUGCUGUCCUGUGCUGCUGCAGUGGUACUAUUAGCUAUUCUACAAGAGAGUGAAAGUGCGUCUGUCAGGACCAGCGAUGAUGGGGCUGUUAAAAAACAAAGUAAUUCGAAAAAAGGCUUGAGAAAGAUUUUUAUGGCAGAAUCUGAUGCUUCAAAUUUCUUUAAGAAACGUGGCAAGAGAUCAACUAAAUCCCAGGACGAAAUAAACGCUGAGAACCGACAAAGACUAUCAGCUGAUGAGCGUAGAAGGGAAUACUAUGAAGAACAAAGAAAUGAAUUUGAGAACUAUGUGGAGGAGGAGCAAGAUGAGCAAGAAGAAAGGAGCCGUGAGCAAAUUGAUCAGUGGCGCCAAUGGCAUUAUGAUGGACUGUCGCCAUCCUACCUCUACCAGCGCCAAAAUAUUUAAGGUCUAAUAGGAAUAGAGACCAACCUAAUAUUUUGUGUUAAUAAAAACGAUUCUCUCAGUAAAAAUUAUAAGUGAUCUGCAAGCCUUAACAUACAUGCGCUGCAGAUGUGAAAUAUCCCAGAUUUUUAGAAUAAAUUUUAAAGAGUCUUUUAAAAUGUGUUUUGUGCAGUUAUAGAAUAAGUUAUACUAAUGUUUAUGGGCCAUUUGUUUAGCUUGCAUACUAGUUCUCGAGUUGUAAAAUUUUGUCUCUUACCUUUAACUUUUUUCCUAGCAAUAUCUAGGCAUCUUUCUGUGCAUUUUAUAACUAAUUCAAUACAAUUAGGUUAUAUUUUAUAACGUUCAGUAAUAUGCUAUUUUCAGGACAGGGCAAAGGAAAAAAUAAGCAGAAAUUCUAAUGUUUAAAAAAAAAAAGUGUGUGUGGUAUACAAACCUAAAUAAGAUAAUAAAAAGUAUUGUAACAUGCCUCUGUUGAAUAAAUACAUAGUAACACCA